AUGACUGAUCCUCCUACCUUGGUAAGAGAAGCCAGCUCACGCCUGCCUUGUGUCAAUUCGCCUCGUCAUCGCUGCGCGCUGCUCCCAUUCCGUGAUUCUGCACUCCUUACACCCUCACUGAGGACGACAACUCCCAGAAUGGAGACUGCAGGAGACGCCCCUGGUGACUGGGAGGGCGAGUCUCCCAGUCUCGUGGAAUCCAUUGUCGCCAUUGACGUAAGAGACAAGAGAGCGAUGGGGUGCAGCAUCUUCUCCGCGGCCGAUGGGAUGCUCAAAAUCGCAAAUGACAUACCAAUGGCGAACGAGAAUGUGGCCGAGGAGUUUCUCAACUACGCGCAGCCAACGACGAUCCUGAUGUCGCGGCGAGUCCCAGAAGCAAUCCUCACCUUCGUAGAGAAGCACGUUGAGAGAAGCACACAAGACCUUCAUUUGCGCCUGAUGCCGUCCUCUGACUUCUCGCAUACAUUUGCGUGCGAGGAAUUGUCAUCACUUGGCUCCAACGGUGGUUGCUCGUUUCGAAGUGCGUCCCCGUCGAACGCCGAGCAGCAAUGCAUGGAAAAUAACGGCCGAGCCAUGCAGAGAUCUGGCCGUGAUGAGCCGCAGUGCAUGAAACUUGUUCGCUGCGGCUCGCUGAUUGACCUUGAGAGCGUCGCUUCUUUAAGCUGCGCCGGUGCCCUUCUUACAGAGCUACACCGACGUCGGUCACUCGCAUCCUCUUCCAGCAGCCCUGGCAUCUUUGACAUCAGAACCGUCACGAUGUUCAAUCUGGCGGACCAUGUCUUCGUCAGCGAGGAGUCCCUGCUUUCUCUUCAGAUCAUAAACCACGAGUCGCACCCAAAUAGCCAAGCCUGGAGUAUCGACUCGAGCAGCUCGUCUGAAAAGGAGAACCUCUCGAUAUACGGCCUACUUCACCCAUUGGCUUCUACUCCCCAGGGGCGAGCGCAUCUACGACACAUGUUCCUUCAGCCCACGUCAGACCUCGAUAUCAUUAUGGACAGACAACGUACCAUCUCCUUGCUUCUUCAUCCCAACAACGAGGAAAAGUCGAGACGUGUCGGCUCUGUUCUGCGAAAGAUGGGCAAUAUCAUUGACGGGAUAAAUCCCAUGGUCCUAACUCGGGUGGGCGAUUUGAUCGAGAAGGUGGUGAACUUUGACCAAGCCAAGUCCCAGCAGCGCUAUUCAGUACGGCCUGGCGUAGAUGACGAGCUGGACGGAUUGAAACGACAGUACGAUGGCUUGAAUAGCUUCUUGACGGAGGUCGCCAACCAUGUUGCUCAGGAUCUGCCUGUAUGCGCGCGUCAGUAUAUUCGAUCCUGCAUCUUCCUUCCUCAGCUUGGCUUCUUGACUGUUGUCGAGCAAGACCAUCGGCAGAGCGGUAGCAGUUUUGAUGAGGAAUGUGCAGGCGACGGACUAUGGAAGAAGUCAUUCACCGACAAUGACACUGCCUACUAUAAGAAUCGUCAUAUGACGGAACUUGACGAUCAGUAUGGGGAUAUCUAUUCUCAAAUCAGCGACAGGGAAGUUGAGGUGAUGCAAAGGCUGGCUAUGGAUGUGAUUCUCCACGAGAAGACCCUCGUAGCGGCUGCAGAUACCUGCGGAGAAUUCGAUGCCCUUCUAGCCCUUGCCCUCGGGGCUGCAAAAUAUGGGUGGAAAGCACCGCAGAUGACUACUGCCAACAUCCUUCACAUCAAAGGCGGAAGACAUCCGCUACAGGAGCUGCUUUCUUCUUCCUUUGUUCCAAACGACUGCUACAUAGGUGAUGAUGGCACUGUAGCGCCGGGACGCCACCACGUCCAAGCACUUGUUUUGACGGGACCAAAUCAAUCCGGCAAGAGCGUUUACAUCAAGCAGGUGGCUAUUAUCGUCUAUCUAGCGCACCUCGGGAGCUUUGUGCCAGCUGAUUACGCUGUGAUCGGGACUGUUGACAAGAUCUUAACACGCAUCUCGUUAUGGGAAAGUGUGUCUGGUACGGGAAGCACCUUUGCACACGACCUUCAAGACGUCUCGCAUGCUAUAAAAUAUUCCACAGCACGGAGUCUGGUCGUGAUAGACGAGUUUGGGAACGGGACGACAGCCAACGAUGGUGCUGGAAUGUUUGCAGCAAUGCUGGAUCAUUUCCUCUCAUCUGUAACAGGAACACCAAGAAUAUUGGCUGCCACCCACUUCCAUGAGAUAUUCGCCAAUGGCUAUUUAAGCCAUCAUAGUACUCUCAUGUUAGCACAUAUGGACGUGAGAACUGACUGGGAUGCGAUCGAUCUAGAGAAGAAGGUCACUUACUUGUUUAGACUUGUAGAGGGUUAUAGCUCGACAAGCCUAGGCAGCCAAUGUGCUGUCUUAAGUGGAAUUCCAGAGCGUGUAUUAAAUCGAGCUAGGGAAAUAGGGGAUUUACUUAAUUAA